AUGGCGACUUUGAUGGACGAGGCCAUGGAGAGUUACGCGUAUCCCUCGUAUAGUCCUUACUCCUACCGUUACCAGCCGCCCAAGAGCAAAAGCGGGCCGGGCGCCUGGCGGCACCAGCAACACCAACCCCACCACCAGCACCGCAGCAGCUACUUCUCCGGCUACAGCGAAGCGGUGGCGGCGGCGGCGGCGGCCGAGUACUUCGACAACUACCAGCGGGCGCAGCUGAAGGCCAUCCUCUCGCAGGUCAACCCUAACUUGACGCCGCGGUUGCGCAAGGCCAACACCAAGGAGGUGGGAGUCCAGGUCAACCCGCGCCAGGACGUCUCGGUCCAGUGCUCGCUCGGGCCGCGGCCGCUCUUCUUCCGCGCCCGGCCCCGCGGAGGCGGAGGCGGCGGCGGUGGUGGCGGCGUCGAGCAAGAGCAAGGCUGCCCGGUGAGCGGCGCCGCGCGGCACGUGCGCUUCCCGCGGACCAUCGCCGUCUACUCGCCGGUGGCUUCGCGACGCCUCACCACCUUCUUGGGAGAAGCCGAGGCCCGGGAGGCGGCGACGACGACGACGACGCCCGACGACGCUCCGACCCCGGGCCCCGAAGGGAACGCUGCUACCGCCGCCGCCGCCGCCGGUAAAGCCGAGGAGAGCAGCGCCAAGUCCCAGGAGCGGAAGAAGUCGCCGUCGAAGCCCCAAGCCGGCAGCGCGGCGUCGGAAAAGGGGAAAAGCGAAGACGGGAAAGGCGCCCCGCCGCAACCGGCUCCUGAGGAAAACGGGCCGAGCAAGGCGCGCGUGCGCUUCCAGAGCUGCAAGCAGACCAGAUGUUCCUGCUCUGUGAAACUGCGCCAUGUGGAUCCCAAGAGACCUCAUCGGCAAGAUCUUUGUGGAAGAUGCAAAGGGAAACGGCUUUCUUGCGACAGCACCUUUAGUUUCAAGUAUAUUAUUUAA